AUGUCCGAUCGUAGCAGUGUGCAACCGGGUAAAUGCUCGCGUGUCUUAACUCAAAAAGGCUUUCAUAAUGAGCUCGUUAACAAAACAAAGGCAUUCAAUAAAGAAACAAAGAAACUUCAAAGCGCUAUUGAUAAACUCUAUGAGACGUUCAACAACGCCGAAAAUGUGGGAAUCACUGAAGCGCUCAAGUCUGUGAUGCUCAGUAAAGACGUUUUCGAAAAUGUAGUAUUGUCUUUAAGAGAACUUUCGGCCCUCGAUCGGUGGGGUGAAUCAACUGAAGUUAAAGAUACAGUCAAUUCUACGGCAGCAAAAUUUCUUCAGGCUACAGACGAAGCUAUCCAUGAGGCAAAAAGGAGAUUACAUCUAGCGGAUGAGAUCAUCCAUGCAGCAGGCUGUAAAACUACUACAUCAUCAGUAGAAACAUCAAUUAGAAGCGGUUUGCAUUCCUCUCUGAAAUCCGAACACAGGAAAGCCCUUGCCGAUGCAGUGGCUGCUAAAGAACAGGCUGAGUACAAGAUGAUAAUCGCACGUAAGAUCAACGAAAGGAAACAAUUGGAAGCAAAAGAAGAACACCGUAGAUUAACAGAGAAGGCUCAAUAUGAACAUGUGGCAAUUCUAGAGGCGAAGAAAACAGAAGCCAUUGCAAAAGCCAAGCUGGAUGCAAUAGAACAAUCUAUCACUGAUGAUGAAAUAAA